CUUCCCAUUCAUUAAUAAUUCUAUACCAAUGAUGCCGCGGCCCGAUGCCCGUUCCGGCGCCGGGCAGCCGCCUCCGGGGGCGUCGCCGGAAGACGCCGCCGCCUACAAAUCCCUCAGCCUCGUCGCCAACCCGGACGGAUCCAUCACAAGGAUCAACCAGCCACCGACCCUACCCGCGAACCCGGACCCGGAAUCGGACCCGACCGCCGUUGCUCUCUCCAAGGACGUCCCACUCAACCCGGCCCGCAACACCUCCAUCCGCCUCUUCCGCCCCACCGCCCCUCCCGCCGCCGGCAAGCUUCCGCUCAUAAUUUAUUUCCACGGCGGCGGGUUUAUACUCCUCAGCGCCGCAACGUUGUUCUUCCACAAAUCGUCCAGCCGUUUGGCCGCCCGCCUGCCGGCCGUAGUCGCCUCCGUCGAGUACCGCCUGGCGCCGGAGCACCGCCUCCCGGCGGCGUACGACGACGCCAUGGACGCGAUCAACUGGGCGAAGACGGAGGCGAUUGCUGCCGCAGCCGGCGGCUGCGCCGCCGCCGCCGAUCCUUGGUUGAAGGAGCUCGCCGAUUUCUCGCGGAUUUUUUUAAUGGGGAGCAGCGCCGGCGGGAACAUGGUCUACCACGCGGCGCUACGCGCCGUCGAUCUCGAUCUCCGGCCGGCGGAGAUCGUAGGGCUGAUAAUGAACGAGGCGUUCUUCGGUGGCGUGGGGCGGACGGAAUCUGAAGUGGAGCACAACGACGAUGUCCUCGUGCCGUCGCACGUGACAGAUCUGCUGUGGUCGCUGGCGCUGCCGGCGGGUGCCGAUCGAGGACACGUGUACUGCGACGCGGCGGCGACGGCCGGGGACGAGAGGAUCCGGCGGCUGCCGGCGAGCAUGGUGGCGGGGUACACCGGAGAUCCGCUGGUGGACAGACAGCGGGAGCUGGCGAAGCUGCUGGAGGAACGUGGAGUGAAAGUGACGAGGCGGUUCGUCGACGGCGGAUGUCACGCCAUCGAGCUCUUCGAGAAAGAAUAUUCCGACAAGUUGUUUGAUGAUGUGAAGGAUUUUGUGUGCUCCGUUGGCGGCGAUCGAAUGCUUGGAAAGGCGGCCGCCAAUUUGUAAGUUCAAUUCCGGCGAUGCAAAUGAUAAGAAAAACAUUAUUGUUAUGGUUGUUUUUGUUCAAAAUAUCAAAGCAAACACACUCAUCGUAAA